UUCGAAAAAUGAUGACCCACCAAUGAAAAUACAAGCUCGCUCCGAGUAAAAGCCAUCCCUCUUUAGCUCGGGUGGUUCCCAACUCUGAAAGUUCUCAGUCUUGUUCCACACAUCUGCCAUAGUCGGUCGCUGCCGCCAUUAACGUUACGCUCUCCGCUUCUGGAAAUAAGAAGGUGAAGGGAUGUGGUUAUGGGAAGAUUUAAGUAGAUAGAGAGCUCUACCCACAUCUGAAGACUCUAAAGUUGUAUUAAGAGCUUUCUUAGUGGUGGGUGGAGUUAGUCAUCUGAUUGCACAGAGACCAACCCACAAUCGUUUAGAGAAAGAUGCUGGAAAACCCUUCAGGCCCAGCAGCUUCAGCAGCUGCGGCAGCAACGGAGUCAGCAACAAUAGUGAAGCGUUAUGCUCAUCCCAAUCAAAGGAGUCGUCUGAACAGGCGCAAAUCUGCAGAUCGAUCUGACCGAACCAACAAUGUUUUUGGAAAUGAUGUAGACAAGAAUCAAGUUCCUGCCUCUAGAAAUGUUCCUGUCAUUGAUCAUGGGGAUGCAGGGAGUAGAAGUCUUCUAAAUGAGAACACUCGCACAAGGUUAAUAGCUUUAGAGGGGUGUUCCAGUAGUGAGGCUUCUCAGCUACUGAAUGAACGUUGGGCAGCUGCUAUGCAGUUCUACAAUGAUACAACAGUUGAGUCAUCAGAGAAACCAGUUAUGUUCUCAGAUAAAGCUUCGUCGGCAUGGGGUGGUCAGUUCAGGUUUCCUCACCAGUUUAUGACUCCAACUGGUCGUCCUGGGUCUCCCGGCUCACAAAUGGAUUUCUUGGGUGAACUUUGCCGUGCAAUAUCCAAUUUCAAUGCCAGUUUCGACUCUUAACCUGAGUUCACAUCCCAAAUCAAAUGAAGUUUGAAUUUGGGUCUUGAUUUUACAUAAUUCAUGGUAAAAGAACGUUGUGGUUUUAAUGUGUCAAAACUCAAGACCAUGGUCCAGGCAUCGUUAUGUGAUAACCAAACCAAGAAUGGUGUAUGCUGUGAUUCUUCUGAACUAGGUUUAUUUAAAUGAUUCAUUUAGUUUUGUAUUAUGAAGAUGGGUGAAAUCGAAAAUGAGUGAUGUUUGAAAACAAAAAUGACCCGACAUUGAAACUGGUAUAUUAUUUAAUUCCAUUAAAAAUAAUAGUGAUUGGGAUGCCACUUCUCUACACACGGGUGUGUAAACAUUGACGAUGUAGUAUUAUUAGUGAUAUGGCAGUAUAAUUGAUCACUUGUGAUAA